AAAAAUGAAAUUGAUGAAAAACAGGCAAACAGCACAAUAUAGAGUUUGGGGUGAGAGUUUGCAGAAGCGAAAAAUGAAGAGAUUCUUCAAACCAGUUGAGAAAGACGGCUCUUGCAAGAAGGCAGCUCUCUCCCCUCUCUCUUCUUCACCCGCAAAAAAUUCCGAGAAACCUACAGAAAAUGCUGCUGCUUCUACCGUUAACGAGGAGAAUGACCAAACUUCAAAGAAAGAGCCUUCGAAAUUCGUGACAUGGAACGCAAACAGUCUUCUGCUAAGAAUCAAGAACAACUGGACAGACUUCUCCAAAUUCGUCCAAAAUCUCGACCCGGACGUGAUUGCUAUACAAGAAGUAAGGAUGCCUGCAGCGGGUUCUAAAGGUGCGCCCAGAAAUCCGAGAGAAUUAAAAGAUGAUACUAGCGCCUCACGCGAGGAGAAGCUGGUUGUGACGCGUGCACUGUCAAGUGCACCAUUCAGAGACUAUAACGUGUGGUGGUCUCUUUCGGAUACAAAAUAUGCCGGAACUGCAUUAUUCAUAAAAAAGUGUUUCAACCCCAAAAAAGUGUCUUUCUCACUUGAUCAAGCAGGUUCAAAACACGAACCUGAUGGCCGGGUCAUUUUGGCUGAAUUUGAAUCUUUCCGUCUAUUGAAUACAUAUGUUCCGAACAAUGGAUGGAAAGAGGAGGAAUCCUCAUUUCAGAGGAGAAGAAAGUGGGAUAAGAGGAUGUUAGAGUUUGUUACCAGAACUUCUGAUAAGCCCCUAAUUUGGUGUGGCGAUCUAAAUGUCAGUCAUCAAGAUAUAGAUGUAAGCCAUCCUGAAUUCUUUGCUGCAGCAAAGCUCAAUGGUUAUGUUCCACCCAACAAAGAGGAUUGUGGCCAACCUGGAUUCACAUUGUCCGAGAGGAUGCGUUUUGGUUCCAUUCUAAAAGAGGGAGCUCUGGUUGAUGCAUAUAGACAUCUACACAAGGAUACAGAUGCAGAACCUGGGUUCUCCUGGUCAGGGAACCCCAUCGGAAAAUACCGUGGGAAAAGAAUGAGAAUCGACUACUUUGUUGUUUCAGAGAAAUGGAAGGAGAGAAUUGUCACUUGUGAAUCACACGGGCAUGGUAUCGAAAUGGAAGGUUUCUAUGGUAGCGACCAUUGCCCGGUGUCCCUGGAGGUAUGUGAAGUGAUCCAUACUUCUAACUGAGUUCAUCAUCAUUAUUCAUUCAUCCAAUUUCAGAUUCUAUAUUUUGUGUAUUGAUUGUUGAGUAGAAGCUGAGGUGACAUUCUCAAACUGUUGGUAACGUAUUAAUGUGCACAAAACUAAAUGCUUAUUUGUCAUCUCAAAUUUGAUUUAGGGGUGACUUUAUUUUAUGACAAACCCAAUGUUAAUUUGGCUUUC